CGUGAUGUGAGUGACAGCUCAGUCGAAAUUCUCCAGUCGGUUUCCGUUAGAUUUGGGAAGGAGAUGGUCAAGAGUUUAUGUUUUACGGAUGAACAGUCCGCUGUGACCGUGAUGGAUGAGAGUCGACAAAACAAGACUGGAGACUGUUAAAAUAAUGCUUCAGCUGCCUUAACGUGCUUUACAAUGGCCAUCAGGGAACUGAAAGUUUGUCUGCUCGGGGACACAGGUGUGGGGAAAUCAAGUAUCGUGUGUCGAUUUGUUCAAGAUCACUUUGACCACAACAUCAGUCCAACAAUAGGUGCUUCUUUUUUAACAAAGACUGUCCCCUGUGGAAAUGAACUUCACAAAUUUCUGAUUUGGGACACCGCAGGGCAGGAACGAUUUCAUUCGUUGGCUCCCAUGUAUUACAGGGGCUCUGCAGCAGCCGUCGUUGUUUACGACAUUACAAAGCUUGACUCUUUCCAGACGUUAAAGAAGUGGGUGAAGGAGCUAAAGGAACACGGGCCGGAGGAUAUAGUUGUGGCUAUAGCAGGAAAUAAAACCGAUCUGGGUGAUAUCAGGGAAGUUCCAACUAAAGAGGCAAAAGAUUUUGCAGAGUCCAUUGCAGCCAUAUUUAUGGAGACCAGUGCCAGAAAUGCAGUAAACGUAGAAGAGCUGUUUCAGAAAAUCAGUCGACAGAUCCCUCCGCUGGAGAACACAGACGCUGACAGCCAAGAGUCCUUUAAACUGACACGACAGCCUCCUCCCUCCAGCAAACGCUGCUGUUAGACAUCCACCCGCAAGUCACUACAAACACCCUACAACAUGAUCUCCUGUGGUAUUUGACCCAUGCGAUACAUAGAUGAGGAUCACAGUUCACACAAAUCAAUGUGUGGUAAUGUAAGAGUCUAUUAACUUGAUGUGGAUACGGUCACAUGACUGAUAGACAUACACACUGCAGUAGGAAACACAGAAGUUCUGCCUCUGAACCAUUUUGUACCAAGUCUGAAUAUUGCAUUGAUGCUGAGCAACUUUUGAGACACGAGUUAUCACAACAUGGUCUUUUAAAUGCAGUAUUGUGACAAAUAGAAAUGCUAGUAGUUAGCACAAAGUUUACACUAGAAUAAGUGCCUAAGAAAAUGCCAUUUUUAUAUUUGGCAUUGCCGUUUUGAUGCAUAAAAACAAUAGUUUUAAUAGGUUCUUUGUAAUCUGGCUUUAUUUGACCACUUUCAAUGACAUAGGAUCUGAUGAAGCUUAGAUGAAAGAUAGACAUUUGCAAAUGUGUUGGUCACACUUUGUAUUACAGUGUUCAUUGUAUUAUGCAUUUACAUACCACUACUGCUUCAUACUAAUAAACCGUGUAUUCAAUAUGUCAUUUUUGUAAAGUUGUGUGUAAUUGCACAUAGUAAUUGUUUUUAUUUUAAUAAUUCAUUAUACGGACACUGUAAAAUAAAGUGUUGCCAAUUUAUUCAUCCUAAAAAUAAAUAAUGGUUAAAACUGUGGUUAUUGGUUAAAAUGUAAAACGUCAAGAUAAUGUAGAGUUUUUACCUUUAAUAAAUGGAAAUAUGAGGAAAUCGGCCACCAGGGGGCACAAUUGGCUUUAAAGUGAACACACAUUUUGUUAGUCCUUCUCCAAACCUCUGCUUAUGCUGGGUACACACAAAAAGAUUUUUAAAAUCUUAUAAGAUCUUCAAAAUGUGAGAGCCCACAAACAUGAGGACAAAAAAUCCUAGAUUUAACCGUUUUGCUCCUAUAGUGUGUGGUGACCCCGGUUCCCCCCACACAUCAGGAUUUCUGAUCCUAAAUGUGACCCUGGACCACAAAACCAGUCUUAAGUGUCAAUUUUUCGAAAUUGAGAUUUAUACAGAAUCUGAAAGCUGAAUAAAUAAGCUUUCCAUCGAUGUAUAGUUUAUGUUAGGACAAUAUUUGGCCGAGAUACAACAAUUUGAAAAUCUGGAAUCUGAGGGUGCAAAAAAAUCUAAAUAUUGAGAAAAUCGCCUUUAAAGUUGUCCAAAUGAAUUCUUAGCAAACAUAUUACUAAUCAAAAACGACGUUUUGAUAUAUUUACAGUAGUAAAUUUACAAAAUAUCUUCAUGGAAUAUGAUCUUUACUUAAUAUACUAAUGAUUUUUGGCAUAAAAGAAAAAUCUAUAAUUUUGACCCAUACAGUGUAUUUUUGGCUAUUGCUACAAAUAUACCCCAGCGACUUAAGACUGGUUUUGUGGUCCAGGGUCACAAAUAUUCAACAUGUUGAAUAUUUCCAUUUCGCGAUCGGGUCAGUCACUCUUAACACACCUCACACCACAGGAAAAUCUGAUAAGAUAAUCUUUAGAAUCGCCAAGAUAAUCGGGACAUUGACCUAGGAUGGUCGGAAGGGAAGAAAUCGGCCCAAAAUCAGCCCGAUUAUGUUGUGGUGUGUACCCAGCAUUACCUGUUGCUGUCAGUGUUGAAACUGUUCAUAUUUUUCCCAUUAAAAUGUCUAAGGUUGGUGAUUUUACAAUUUGGAACUGAGAAAAUGUUUGCAAGUAAAGCAAACCGUUACUAGGUUAAUUUCCCCCAAUAAGUUUAAACACUGUGAUUCUGUGGCUCUUUCUCUCAGCUGGUGGCGUGAGUUACAGGUAGCCUAUCAGUUCGACUGACCUGUCACACACGGGGAUCAUGCCGACGGUUGGGUCAUUAUUUUUGCAAUUCCAUUUGGUGACACUAGUGCUUUAGAAAUUACACACUUCACCUUUAAGGCUAAAAGCAUAAAAGCAGGGUAAUUGUGCACUCUUACAUAACCAGCCUACCUUGGUGUGGUCAGGAGUGGAUUGAUUGCCUGUCCUGUACAGUAGUUUUUUCAAUUUUGUAAUCAGAAUGAUCUUUUCUGUCAGUCACAGCAGGCAAAAUCACACAUGUAUCACAUGCAGCGCUGGUUCUCCUCUAACAGUUUUGUUUUUUGUUCAUAAAUCAUCACAGUCAUUAUUGACAAAGCGUCACAUGUAAUUUAACAUUUAAUAUAUCUAAUUAUAUCUCUUUUCUAAAAGUUAGUGUGAAUUCACAUGGAUGCCUUAACCUAGCAAAUUCAGUCUGAUUCAUAACAGAUCUAGAUGAGAUCUGGUGAUAAUGGUGUGAUGUCAUUUUCAAUUAAACAUUUUGUAAAUAACUUUAUAUUUGUAUUUUUAAACCUACCUUUCCUUAGUUAACUUAAUGUUUCCCUUAUGUGAUGUGGCAAUGGAAUCAAACACAUUUUGUACCAGAAGUCAUCAAUAAACUACAAAGGCAGUAUGCAAAUGUUUGCUUAGAAUAUUAUUGCAUAUUUUCUUCAUAUUCAAUUGUUUUGAUUUAUGAGUAUUCCUAUAGACUUGGACA